AUGGGUGAUAACCUGGAUAAAAUAUUUUCCAAGAAGGAACGAUUUUUCAAAGAAAUAAUUGAAACGAACUGCAUAUUUGUGAAGGCGCUAAAGAACUGGGUUGGCACGAAUUACAUCGCGAGGUUGAAGCUGAAAAAGGAGGCCCUCAAGCUGACCCCCAAGUUGCUGAUAAACCGGACCAAGUCGAAGGCCAGCCGGUGCCGAGUGUGCGGAUUCGCCAUCGAGAAGAACAACCUGCGCAUAGGAUACCCGACGAAGGACCCCAGGGGGAACUACGGCUUUAUAAGCUGCUGGGUCCACCUGGACUGCAGCAAGAAAAUCCUCUACGCCAUUUUGUACACGCAGGAAAAUGAGCCACACUUGAAGGCCUACCUGAACAACUCGGAAGGGAAGAAGGCGUGUGAGGGGAACUACAAUUUGCAUGAACGGUUCAUAUAUGAAAAUAUUAAUUGGGAAUUUUUUUUCGGAGGAUUUGACGAAUUGGAAGAUGAAGAAAAGGAAAAGUUAAAGGAAACGGCCAAGCCGUGUGAAAUGAAAAAUGGGAUGAUGGGGAGGAACAGUUUUGAAGCGCUGAUAAAUCAGGAGAAGGAAGCAUUGAGCUCGAGCAAUUUGAUUAAGCAAGAAAGUCGAGUUAUUCAAAAUGAAUUAAAAAUUCCUAAGGAGCUUAAAUUUGAUUUGCUGGAGUAUCAAAAGGAGGGAGUCUCAUGGAUGAUUAACCAGGAACAGUCCAGCGUUAAAGGGGGGAUCCUGGCCGAUGAAAUGGGCAUGGGGAAAACCAUACAGGCCAUUACGCUAAUUCUGUGCCAGAAGAUUAAUAAAUUAAAGGGGGAAUCGGAGGGGAAGUGCGAGGAGCCAAAAAUGGAGUGCGCUGCGGGGGGCGGCCAGGCCAAAGUGAAGGAGGAGUCGGAGAGCAGCGUGGUGGUUAUUAGCAGCGGGGCCGACGGCUCCGAGGGCGCAGCGAGUGUUAAGAAGGAGAACCCUAAGAAGAGAAACUCCAAGAAGGGAGCACCAAAGAAAAGGGGUACUCCAAAGCAGGAACAACUCCCUCACAAGGGCACCCCCAAAAGCGAAACUGCGGAAGACACCCCGCAAGUUAAAACAGACGAGAGCCAAGGGCAGACACUCAUCAUUGCCCCCAUUGCAGCGGUAAUGCAGUGGAAAUCAGAAAUAGAAAAGUUCAUCCAGGGGGAUAUCCUAAAGGUGUACGUGUACCAUGGAAGCGUAAAAAAGGUAUCAUUUGAGGAAUUGAAAAAAUAUGACAUCAUUAUUACGUCUUAUGCCAUGGUAGAGGUGCAUUUUAGAAAAAUAAUUAACAAGUAUAAAGUUUCCUGUGAGUAUUGUGGCAGGCUAUAUCUGCCCAGCACACUGGUGAUUCAUAAAAAGUACUUUUGUGGGCCAGAUGCCGUCAGAACGGAAAAGCUAAAAAAGAGAAAAAAAAAAAACAAAGACACGGCACUUGUGGCUAUGAAAAAGUUUGACGAUAAUUUUGUGCCGACUCCUAGGAAUGUCCUCCUGGAGAUAAUGAAUGAAAGUAGGAGCGACAGUAAGGGGGACAAAGGUGAAGAGGCCCCUUCGAGAGGGGGCAGGGGGAAAAGAGGUAGCCCCCCAAAGGGGGAGAAUCGUAGCAGAGGGGGGAGCAGAAGAAACGGCAGACGCGACCAACGCGAAAGCGAUGUGAUCGUUCUCAGCUCGGGGGAGGAGCCCCCAGAAAGCGACAUCAGCUCCGCGUCGAACAAGCCGGUGUAUUCCCCCCUGACGAGGAAGACGUCCAGCAGAGUGAUAGACCUGUGCAACUUGGGAUUCGAAAAGGACGUAAUUGACAAGAUGGUUAGCAGCACACACAAGGGAAAGGGAAAAAACAAAAGAAACAUAAAAUGGAAUGAAGUCAUCAGGGAUAUAUUGCAAAACGAGUUGUACACCGUCGAUAUGAAUAGCCGCUGUAAGGAUGUGCUGAGGGAUAUUUACCUAGGCGAUAGGGCCUUAGAACAGGAGGACUUGAAGAGGCUAAACAUGGGGGAACUGAAAGUUGUGCUGAUAACGAUGGGAAAGCAUAUUUUUGGAACGAAGGUUGAGCUCAUCAACAGGGUUUUAGUGUCGACCAAGUAUAUAAGGCAGGAGCUGAUGAUGGCGAAGGGGGAAGUGCAUAGAGAGGUACUGAGCGAGGUGCAGAGUGAAGUGCCUGCCAAAUCGGAGGGCACAGAGAAAGGGGUAACGCUCAGUAGUAGGAGCAGCACCGUUUCGAGCGCACCCGUAUUGAGGAUGACGCGUGGUGGCAGCAGUGGUGGCGGAACUGCCUCCCACGUGGGGGAUCCCCUGGAUGGUGAGGAUAACCGUGGCGGGGAAAACGGAAGGGCGAAGCGGAGCAAAAGUGGCCGAGUGCGCCGGGGUGGGGCGAAAGGUAACCCCGUCAGGAGGAAGACAACUGAGGGGAGUUCCUGCACGUUGAGGAAGGCCAAAGCCAAGAGGAGCAACAGUUCGACCGCCAAGGUGGUGAAGCCGACGGCUAAGAGGAGCAACAGUUCGACCGCCAAGGUGAAGUUGAAGCGGAGAAGGCGAAGCAGUAGCAGCGCAGUGGACGCAAGUCUCAGCCCAAGGGACAGCGAUGAGUCGUUUAGGAUAGACCAACUUGGCAGCGAUGCGGAGGCGUCGUCGUCGUUUUCGUCCUGGGGGAGCAAGGUGAAGAGGGAAAGCACGAGUGGUGCGUACGACAGGAGUGGUGCGUGCAACUCGAGUGAUUCGCACAACUCAGCCGAAUCGCGCAGCUCUACCGAGUCGCACAGCUCAGCCGAGUCGUACGGCUCGAUCAUGGCUGAAAAGGCGAAGAGGAAAAGGAGGAGCCAGAAGAGGGGCGAAGCGAACAUUUUCGACGAGAGCGCCCUACACCAGAUACAGUGGAACAGAAUCAUCUUAGACGAAGCACACAGAAUCAAAAAUAGAAACACAUCAACGACGCAGUCGAUUUUUAAUUUGAAGUGCUCAGGUUAUCGCUGGUGUUUGACAGGAACUCCAUUGCAAAACAGAAUUGGAGAGUUAUAUAGCUUAAUAAGAUUCCUUGAGUUUUACCCCUACGCGUAUUACUUCUGUUCUAAGAAGGACUGUAAAUGUAUGCUGCUGAACUACGAAAUGAAGGACAAUAAGUUUUGCUUCCUCUGUGAUCACUCGAGGAUUAACCACUUCAAUUAUUUUAAUAAACGGAUUCUGAGACCUAUACAGCUGUUUGGGUACAACGGGGAGGGAGUCUCCAGCAUGCAUUAUCUGAAAAGCGAAGUGUUAGACAAAAUUUUAUUAAGGAGAACCAAAGGGGAACGGAAAAAUGACAUCAAAUUGAGGCCUUUGCAGAUUAGAAUUAGGAAGGAUAAGCUAUCAAAUGAGGAAAAAGAUUUUUAUGAAUCCCUUUACAAGCAAACGUCAACCCAGUUUGACACGUAUGUGAAGUCAAACACUGUUUUGCAUAACUACGCACAUAUUUUUGAUCUGCUGAGCAGAUUGAGACAAGCUGCUGAUCACCCGUAUUUGAUUUUGUUUGGGAAUUCCUUCCUGAGUGACCCCUCGGGGAAAUUCAUAAAAAAGAAUUCGUCCAUCAUCCCGGCCAUUUCGAACGACUACGUGUGUGGCAUCUGCCUGGAGAAUGUGCCCAAGAAGAUCAACGUGAGCACCAAGUGCAACCACAAUUUUCACAGGGCUUGUUUGAGGCAGUAUAUUGAGAGUUUCCAGGGGGGGGGUGGCCCGGCGGGGGACGCGCAUGGGGGAGGCGAUGUGCAUGGUGGUGGCAUUGUUCAUGCUCAUGAUGAUGAUGUGCAUGGCGGUGGCGAUGUGCGUGGUGCCUGUCGAGGGCCGCGCCCCGGCGCAGUGGCCAAAGCGCGCACCUUCCAUUUGGGGGACGACGCAGGGGAGAACGGAGGGAGUCUCUACGACAUAAACGAAAUCGUGUUCAAUGAAGAGCCCUCCAUGAGUAGCACCACCAACGAAGCAGAUGGAAAGAAGCUAAACAGAAAAGCCAACUCAAUUUCAGUCGUAAAAUUUAAAGAUAAAGAAAAGAAACAAUUCGUCAGUCUGUUAAGUAACGAAGAAACAGCAGUGCAGGAUUUACCUCUGGGGUGUCCAGUGUGCUACGUCCCCCUGACCGUCGAUUUUAAUUUGCUCAACCAAGUGGAAGAACAGGAUGAUGAAGAAAUAAUUGUGUGCAAAGAGGAAACAACUUAUAUUAACAAAAGCUUUAUAAACCGAAUUAAUACAAAUGAGUAUCGCACCAGCACCAAGAUAGAAGCCGUAUUUGAGGAAAUACAAAAUGUAAUGAAAACAACGGAUGAUAAGUGCCUAAUUUUUUCACAAUAUUGCUCUAUGCUUGAUCUGAUUGAAUACCAUUUGAAGAAACACAACAUUAUUUGUUCCAAAUUGCUGGGUUAUAUGUCCAUGGUGUCUAGGAAUAAUAUUCUUUACAGUUUUAAUGAGGAUAAGCAUCUUCGUGUUUUGCUCAUCAGUUUGAAGGCCGGUGGAGAGGGACUCAACUUGCAGGUGGCCAACCGAAUCUUCAUCGUUGACCCGUGGUGGAACCCCGCUGCGGAGCUGCAGGCUAUUCAGAGGGCCCAUCGGAUAGGGCAAACAAAAACCGUGUACGCCACGCGCUUCAUCAUUGAGAACACCGUUGAGGAGAAAAUCGUCCAGCUGCAGAAUAAGAAGCAGCUCGUGUUCGACUGCACCAUUGGGGACUCUGGCAACGCGAUGCAGAAGCUGACCAAGGAGGACUUGGCGUUUCUCUUCCACGCCUAG